AUGGAUGUUGUUGAUGCUGACAUGGAUGUUGUUGAUGCUGACAUGGAUGUUGUUGAUGCUGACAUGGAUGUUGUUGAUGCUUACAUGGAUGUUGUUGAUGCUUACACGACAGCCUGCAAGUGUGACGUUGGUGGUUCACAGAGCAACAGAUGCGACUACGCAGGCAAGUGCACAUGCAAGCCGAUGAUUCACGGCACGAAAUGCGACCAAACAUCAGAUGGCAACAGCGUUAGGUUCGGGUUCGAUUCCAACGAGUUCCAUGGUUACUCGUGGAGAGGAUAUGCAAUCUUCUCCAGGAUACAGGAUGAAGUGCUGCUGGACCUCGACGUCCGCAAAGCUGGCCUGUACAGGGUCGUGUACCACUACUUGAAUAAAAACAAUCAGGCGACCACAGCGGAGGUCAGGGUCACUCCUGAUCAACGUUCACACACCGAUGGACAUUCGCAAUCGAGUUUCGUUACCUUCCAUCCACUGGUCGCUCCAGACUUUGCAACCAUGUCAUCUGGCGGGGGAGUUUCAUCAGCGUUCACAUUGAACCCUGGCAGGUGGACAUUCAGUUUGAAGACGCCUGAGUCAGUUCUCGUGGACUACAUGGUCCUGCUGCCAGCUGCUUACUACGAGGCUCCAAUCCUGCACGAGAAGUUCCACCAGCCGUGCACCGUCCCUUCAACCAGCGACAUUUGCAAGCACUACGUGUACCUCGAUUUGAAGCCUUUCUCGAACGUUCCUGGAUCGUCUGGGGAGAGUGGAGAUGGUUCUUAUCACGAAAAAACCCAACUCUACGACAACCAAUCAAAUCUCGAUAAACUUGGUCUAACUGAUAUGGCUAAAUUAGAUGAAAGACAGACGUCGAUAACUUUCACCGUUCCAGUGGAGCAGCCUGGCCCGCACGUUCUAAUCAUCUCCUACUUCACGGAUGAUAUAAACAGAGCUCAGGACAUGGAGGCGGAUAUUCAAACGCCAGGCGCCAGGGACAGCGGUGUCAUCAGGCUCGCCAACUGUCCUUACAGCUCUCCCUGCCGUCAGUUCAUAUCCGAUGACAGUCACAAUGUCAAGGUCAUUAAUGUCGAUGGUCGAUAUUUCACACUGACGUUGAACGGAAGAAGUGACAUCAACCUUGCUAUCGACAAAGUGUACGCCAUCCCUCUUGACAAGUGGCACAUUGACCUCAUCGAGCCAAAGUUCAAAUGUAUCUAUAAGAAAGAGAAGUGCAUUCAAGGCAGACCAGCGGGCAAACCGCCGGGCGUCACGAUCGAAUUUGAAAUCGGAAGUGAGUUGCCGAUAACUCCACCGCCCGUCAUAAUUGAGGGCAGUCACCCAGAUCCAUCUAUCAAAGUUAUCAAACUGCAUAGGAGAGAGGUGAUGCCACGAAUUGAUAUAAAAGUGCAAGUGACCCCGGGCAGUUACGCCCUGGUGCCCUUGUACUACCAGCCUCACAUUGUAGGAUUUGACGUAGAUGUCGAGGUAUACGCUGGCGGACAGUUCCACAAAGGCACAAUGAGGGCCGAUCCUUGCCCAUCUCUGAAUGGUUGCCACGGUAUUGUCAAGUUCAAGGACAGACCCAAUGUUGACAUAGUAGACAGCGAUGCCAGAGUAUCGUUCAACAGUACCAAUCCUGUUUGGCUGGAUUACCUUGCCGUGAUACCUUCGGUCAGCUACUCUGAGAAGAUCCACGCAGACAACACUGAGGACGACAAGUCGACAGAGUUCAUCAACAAGUGCUCCGACCACGGCUUCAGUGUCGACGCCAGUGGACUGCAGUUCUGUAAGGACAGCAUCUACUCUAUCACGACGGAUUACAACAACGGAGCUCUCAAGUGCCAGUGCGAUCCAGAUGGGUCGACAAGUUUCAACUGCGAUCCGUACGGAGGCAAAUGUCCGUGCAAGUCCCAGUUCAUUAUUGGCAGGGAUUGCUCGCAAUGCAAAACUGGGUAUUGGGGAUUUCCAAACUGUAGAGAAUGUCAGUGUCCGACAGGAAUAUGUGAGCCAAGGACAGGACGGUGUGUCUGCCCGAAACUGGUGACCGGUGAAAACUGCGACACCUGCCUGCCCAACACAUUUGGCUACAACGCCCUGGUUGGUUGCGAGGAGUGUGGCUGUGACGCUCGAGGAGUCGUCAGUGCGGAUAUGGAAUGCGAUGAAAACAGCGGCCAAUGUCACUGCAAACCGAACGUUGCUGGGAGGAAGUGCAACAAGUGCAAACUUGGUUACUACGAUUUCCCGAGAUGCAGGCAGUGCUCUUGUGAUUUGAAUGGCGUUCUCAGUGAUGAAAACGUGGAGGGUCACGAUUGCUCGCAGUGUCAGCCAUCCACCUUCUCCCUGCUGGCAUCCAACCCGAAGGGCUGCAGUCAGUGCUUCUGCUUCGGAGUGACCUCGAGGUGUCAGGCAUCUGAUCUCCGUUGGGCCCAGAUAACGGAGCUGCAAGACUGGACAGUGACGAACACGAUGACGACAGCAGAAUAUGAUGAGGGCAGGAGGAUGUGGCACCUGCAGGAGGUCCACCUUCAAACCACCGACCAGCCCGCCUACUGGUCGGCCCCUAUGACCUUUCUCAAUAACAAGGUCCGUUCCUAUGGUGGAAAACUUCGUUAUAAAUUGUUGGCCGACGGGAUGGAAGGUGAGAGGUUCAAGUCGCCUGACUUCAUCUUGGUCGGCAAGAGUUCAAGGGUCAGCUACGUUCAUGGAUUGCAGGAGGUUCACAGUUCCGUUGAACACGCUGAAGAGGUCCACCUAGUCGAAACAAAAUUUGUGCACGAAAGAACUGGCGCCCCCAUAUCACGUGAUCAGUUCCUCAUCCUUCUCUCCAACCUUCAAUCCAUCCUCAUCAUGGCAUCUCCAUUCAAGGAUACCUCAUAUAUUAAACUGUCAGACGUGUCGAUGGAUGAAGCGCGUGAGGACGGGUGGGGUGAGGUGGCCGACAGUGUGGAAAGGUGCGAGUGUCCACCAAACCACGGGGGUUCGUCGUGCGAAUCGUGUGCCCAGGGGUUCUUCAGGGCGAAGAAUGGUCAGUGUUUGGCCUGUCAGUGCAACAAUAGAGCAACAACAUGCGACCAAACAACUGGGAUCUGCAUUAACUGUCGCGACAACUUCGAUGGUCCUCAAUGUUUGAAAUGCAAGCGUGGCUACUUCCUUGACCGCCAAAGCAACACGUGCCGCAUCUGCUCCUGUCCACUGCGUCUCGAAUCCAACAACUUUGCCACCCACUGCGAUGUUAGUUUUGCUGGGGUGGUGGACCGAUGCUACUGUUUGCCCGGCUACACUGGGAAAAAUUGUGACAAAUGCGCCCCCGGUUAUUGGGGCCACCCGAUGACCCCUGGAGGUCAGUGCAAGAAAUGCGAGUGUAGUGGAAACAUCGAUGAACGUGACCCGAUGGCGUGCGACGUGAAAACUGGACGAUGCUUGAAAUGUCUGCAGAACACGGGAGGGGAGAGGUGUGAGAGGUGUGCCGACGGGUACUAUGGGGAUGCCCUCGAUGGCAGGAACUGUAAAAAAUGUCUGUGUGAACCCCUUGGAACCGACCAUUGUGAUCACGUGACUGGUCAGUGUGUCUGCAAGCAAAAUGUUUAUGGUCCGCAGUGCUCGCAGUGCGUUCCUGGAUCGUUUGGUUUCCACCGCAACCGCGGAUGUGAGAUGUGCAGUUGUGGAGUGGCGGCGACGUCGUCUGAAUGCGACCUCAUCAGCGGCCAGUGCCAGUGCAGGGAGGGGGUCACAGGAAGGAUGUGCGACCGAUGCAUCGAUGGCUACUGGAACUAUCUGCCUCAAGGGUGCCGACCUUGCAACUGCCUAUCGAAAGGAGCGGUGACGUGUGACAAGGAGACAGGGGAAUGCCAGUGCCUGCCCGGGGUCACUGGACCCAACUGCGACAAGUGCCUGCAUAAGUGGAUCAUGAUUGAAGGCUUUGGCUGCAAAGAGUGCGACAGUUGCGUGCAGUUGUUGUUGGACGACAUUGACGUGUUGCAUAGGAACGUCACGCAGAUGAAGCACGACCUCACCAGCGUCAGUGUCAGUGUUCAGACCAUCCACCACUUGGAAACUCUUGACCGACGAUAUCAUGACCUUGAACCGAAGGUCAAAAUGUUGUUGACCGAUCGUCCGUCUUCAGGCCAUGACGUCAUCGAGGCCAGCAGAGAAAUCGAUGAAGUGCACAGUUCUGCAAAAACUGUUUUGCAAACUCUCAACAGAUUGUACAAUGAAUCGGAGAGAGUUGAAGAUUCAGCUCGAGACAUCAAAACUGAAGUGAACAAUUACUAUGAAAGCAUUCGUAGCAAGACCAAAGAUCUGGUUGAUGAUGCCCUAAAUAAAGUGCGCAUUAAGACGGACCAGCUGACGACCUCUGGGGCCUCGUCAAACGUCGACGAGAUGGUCAAAGAGUGCACGGCCAUCCUGACAGAGAUGAGGAAGAAGGGCUUUCAUGAUGAGAAGGAUAUGGCACUCAAUGAACUUGCCAAGGCGAACGACACCCUGCUAAGAGCUAGAGAGUUAUUGGGCAGAUCGCACACGCGGUUGAACAGAACGACGGACAUUAACUCCUCCAUCUACCUCAUCCUCGCUCAGCUGCAGGACCUUCAGAGACUGGCUCAAAGUUCAGCGCAGAGGUCAGCCGAGGUCACCAAGCUGCUCAAUGAACUGCGCAACACCAAGGCUCAUGUUGAUAAUAAAAAAAGGACAUCAAAGAAUAAACCUGGACGCUUGGAUAAAACUACGCAGAAGAGGCAGAGAUGGCACGAUGUUGGUCUUAUAAUAAAGAUCAAGAACAACGAGGGGCAGAUAGCAAAGUGUUUGGAGGAGUCAAGGAAGAACCUGAACGUUGUGGAUGAUGACCUCAACGAAGCCAAGAAGGCUUUUAAUAGUGCCAUCAGUGAUCUGGAGAGGUUGAAGACGCUGGUGGCGGAUGCUCAGAGAUUCGUUCACAAAUUGGUAGCGGAGAAUGAGAACUUGAAGACAUUGCUUCGUCAGCAUACGCGUAUGAUGGUCUUUGACUUUCGGACAGACAGUAUUCGAACCAGGUCAAUCAGCAACACGGAGAGCUCAGUGAAGUUGGCGAUCGAAGCAUCUGGAGUGUACGAGACGAUAGUGAAGACCAUUGAAGAAGCCUGGAAGGACAGCCAGGAAGCAGAGAGGCUCGUCAACGUAGCAAGAAAUAUGUCAGUCAUCCUAUCGAUAGACACAUCUGAAAAAAGCGCUCAGCUCGGAAACAUUUCGAAGCAGAUCAACCUCAUCAAGAUGAGCAUCGAUCGAGCGAUACUGCCAAUGUUUCUUGCAGAUCUGGUCGAUAAACUGGCAAUUAUUCAAGGCAUGCUAAAAAGCAUGAAGGAGAGUGAGAAAGACAAAUCGUACACGGACGUCGUAAAAGGACUGGAAGACAUCAAAAUGGAAGAUUAUGAAACGAUUUUCGAGGACAGCAGGAGCGAGGUUGAGGAAAACCGUCAGAUCCUCUCCUCCUACUCCACAAAGUUGCAAGAACUCGAUAAGAAUUUAACGGCAAGUGUGGAACGUAUACGGAGUCUUCCACAACAGCUCAGCGAAAUGAACAGUGACGUUCGUGUGGCUUACCAAGACAUGCAGGUUGAGGUCUCGAAGAUCGAAGAGACCAUCUUUGUCAUGGAGGACCUGACCCGGCAGUCCGAUCAGCUGAUCAAGCUGGAGGACGAGCUGAAGUACAACAUGGACCUCCUGAGGGACUACAUAAGACAGGCUCGGGAUGCCGCUAAUCUGGUUACACUUGGAGUUAACUUCACCCACGAAUCAGUCCUACAAGUGCGCAAUAGCAUUGACAUGCCAUCUUCCGGCAUGGUCUCGAAGAUUUCUCUGCACUUUCAGACCAAGCAAGCCGACGGAUUGCUCUUCUACAUCGGCAAAGACAGUGGGCUGGCCGAUGAUUACAUGAUUGGUGAGAUCGUUGGGGGACAUCCUCAAUUCAGAAUCAACCUGGGAUCCGUCGAAACUGUCGUGAAGGGAACGAAGCCGGUCAACAACAAUCAAAUUACGACAUAUGAAAUCAGGAGGGAAGGGAAAGAUUUGAAGCUCUUCAUAGAUUCCAAUCCAAUUGACGGCGAGGUCAGCGGGGAUAGUUUUACUUUCCAAUAUGACAACAGUACAAAGUUCUACGUUGGUGGGGUCCCGGAUCACAUCCUGAAACAGAAUUCCAACUUGAGUUCGAUACUACCACGCAACAAAUUUGUGGGCGUCAUAGAGAACCUCGUUUACGACGAAAGGAUGGUUGGUCUCUGGAAUUUUGUGGAUGCCAGCGGGUUGAGAGGAGCUCAUUUCAAGAAGAUAAAAAUAUUCAGCGAAGACAACAUUUUCACAUAUGGUGGUACUGGCUAUGCUCAUAUGAAAAUUGAAAAUCAGCUUAUCGAAGAGAAUUUGGACGUAUCUUUUGACUUCAAAACUUACUCUAAAGAUGCUCUGCUCUUCCAUCAGGGCACCGACACACAGUUCAUCACUUUGGAUCUUGUUGACGGAAAGUUAAGAGGAGUGAUGGACAUGGGAUCUGGCGGGCUGCCAAGGAUUUCUGAGAGCACGUACAACGAUGGACUUUGGCACUCUGUCUCAUUCAGCAGGAGAAAUAGGGUGGCUGUCUUGAGAAUUGACACUUAUACUGUUCCUAGGAUGGCCGUUAAUGGCUGGAAGAUGAUUUAUGAGGGCGAAAGUGAUUUCUUCAUUGGCGGGCUUAAAAACCCCGACAAUUACACCAAACCGACGAAGAGCAGAUUCAAAGGCUGCAUAAGAAACUUUCAGGCCAAGUCUGCACCAUAUCCAAUCCAAUCGGCCAUCGAGUUUGUCGACGUGCAGUAUGGUUGCAGACAGUCCAUACGAGUAGUGUCCUUCCCUCCGUCACCCAUUGCUACUGGCUACAUCAAACUUUUCAAAGAUUCUUUCUCACUUUCAAACGAUUUUGCAAUGAGUUUUAAAUUCAGAAGCCAGCAAAGUGAUGCUCUAAUAUUCUACAUAUUUGGCGAUUCCCAGAAUAUUGGUUUGUCCUUAUCUUUGGUUGAUGGAUAUUUGAAAUUGGUGUUUAAAGAUGAUGAUGAAAACGCUAGUGAGGAGUUGACUUCCCCAUUCAAGUUCAACGAUGGUGCUUGGCACUACGUCAACGUUAAAAGAACUAAAAACCUACUCUCCCUGGAAACUGAGGACAAGUGGACUGGGACGAGGGCCUUUACUAGCAGGGCUCGCAUUCCAGGACAGCAGCACGUGUACCUGGGAGGAGUGCCUGACUCUGUGUCCGUAACAUUGAAGAAUGUCGGCUCCAACAAACCGUUUGUCGGCUGCAUCGGUGACAUCUCCAUCAACUCAAAGUUACAGAACUUUGAUGAAGUCCAGAAUGCCGACCUGAUAAACGUUGACAUCGGUACGUGCCAGUACAUGGACUACUUGCCCCCACAGGGCCCCUCAUCCUUCUAUUCAACUUCCACCGUCGACCCUGGUGUGAUCAAUCCGGAACUGAAAGGCUGCACCCGCCCUGCUUACCCACUGAGCACCUGGAAGGAGAGGGGCUGUGAGGGGUCGUCGGCCUCUGGUUACUACUAUGAAUAUUCCGAUGGUCCAACAAGUAUCAGCAAGUUCGUAUUGACUCUGAACUUGAAGACCUCCUCCCCCGAUGGGGUCAUCUUUUACGCCUACAAUCAGCAGCACUCGGACUUCAUUGCACUCUUCAUGAAGGGCGGGGCAAUGCAUGGAUUUGUGAACUGCGGGGGCGGCAUCACCAAGACUGCUCUGCAGGGUGUCAACUUCGCUGAUGACGCCUGGCACAAUGUCUACUUCAGGUACGAAGACGGCUUGGUGACGCUGAAUGUGGGUCGGCACUCCAACAACACGGCACUUAUGGGCAGUCAGACUUCAGUUGAGGUCACCGCCCCCAUCUUCAUGGCUGGUCUGCCUCAGCAGGUCUUCCAAUCUUCCAUCGUCAACUUCGCGGAUAAAAAGCCUGACACUUGGAUGUUUAACGGCGAAUUGAAGGACAUCACCCUGCAAGGCAAACCAAUUGAAUCAAAGUUGAUAGCCCGAUCAUCUUCUCCAGGUGCAAAGUGCCCAGUCGAGCAGGGGAUCUUCUUCUUCCCUGUCUCCACACCUUUCAAGACAUACGGCUCCGUUUACCCAGAUUAUUCAGCGCCGACACACAUGAACAUCUCCUUUAUGAUCAAACCUCGACUGCUGGACGGCAUCCUCUUCUCUGUCCACAACCCUGCAAAUGAUGAGUUUAUUAUACUCCAAUUGGUCAAAGGAGAGUUCCAUCUCACUGUGAACAAUGGACAAGGUCAUGUCAUGAAGUCCGACUUCAAACCAAGCAACAAGAUGUUCUGGUGUGAGAGGAAGUGGUACUCUGUUUCUGCGAACAAAGUAAAGAAUGUUGUUUACGUGAUCGUAGACGGGUUGAGGGGGACGUCGGGGUUUGGCAUUGAAGGGUACUCCAGCACUGACACAUCCAAUGAGCUCUUCAUCGGCGGCGCUAAAGAGAUGCACUCUGGCAUGUUGGUGAGCAACUCAUUCGUCGGCUGCAUGAAGGACCUCUACGUCGAAGGCAAACCAGUCCCCCUUAGGGACCUUCAAUUCAAGGGGGACAUUCUCCAAGAUGGCUGCCCAGUUGAUUGAUUGAUUGACUGAUUGAUUGAUUGAUAGAUUAAUUGAUCGAUUGAUUGGCUGAUUGAUUUGUUGAUUGGUUGAUUGAUUAAUUGAUUGAUUAGUUGGUUGGUUGAUUGGUAGAUUGAUUUAUAGAUUAGUUGUUUUGUCAGCUGAUCAAUUGAGUCAUCAAUAUUCAAAGAACAAAUUUAGUUUAUUUGUUCUUAUACCUAGCAUUGAAAAAAUUUUGAGCAAUCAA